GACGUCGCCGGGAGCGUCGCUGAACUGUUGGACGCGGUGAUUGGCGCAGGCGGGAGUGACGACACCAAGCGCGCGAACGGAGUCCGCAACGUUGUCGACGGCAUGGCGAAGAAGUACGCGCCGGUCAAUGUUGUGGCAUGCCACACGGACCACGUGGCUAGCUUCGACGGCGUGCAGGGCACGGACUGGGUUCACCAGCACUUCGAGAUUGAUAUCUCGGUUGGGGGAACGAUAGGGUACGAGCUAUACCUCGGAAACACUGGUACCUUCAAGCGCAACGGCGAUGGCGGUGACAUCAACUGGGGUUGGUGA